AUGGAGGACCUAUUGAAGGUGACUAAUAUUGUCGUUGGGAUUGCGAGCAACCUAACGACACGAGACUAUCUGACCUUUCAACAAUUGAACAAAAAUGUUUAUUAUACUCAUCUGGUUGGACCAAAUGACAGCGAGUUCUGGUGCAAAAAGCUUCUAAGGAUAGGAUUGACAAAAGCCUCAGAUAAGGACGAAGUCCAGAUGAUGCUACAACAAGGAAAUGCUAUUGACGUGCUUUCCAAGUUGCAGGUGUUUACGACCUCAACAGCGAAAGCGGUCUUUAUAGAGCUACAUCGAUGCUAUCAGGGAUUCGUUGACAAGCUUUAUCACAGUGAUUUCAAAAAAUUCUUUUCUCCUGAAUACUCAAGCCCGCUUGCCCAAGCGAAAAUCAUUAUGAAUCUAAGCUUAUACGCGAAAGGGGACAUUAAUGACUACACCUAUUAUCACAAAGUACAAGAGAACUGGGGGAUUUUUAAGGAGCUGUUUAUCAAUACUGCUAUCAAAGAGAUGGAUCUGAGUUUCAGUCAGCAGGAUUUUGGUUCUGCCGCUGAGUUCAUUGAAGUGCUGUUGAUCUGUCAUGAGGAGAAUACUGCCAUUGACUUUUUCAAGAGUAAGAAUGACUUUGACAGUGAAGUUGAUUUGCCCCAACAGCUUUUCCCUCCCGAAUCCAGCGAAACUAGCAACGAAGUACUGCACCUUACUUUAGAGAAAAUAAAGAUCUUUUUGAACUCUAAAAUAGAAUUGGCAGAUACAUUAUUUGACGACAAGUACCCCAUAAUCCUUGAUUACCUAGAAUCAGUCAUUGCCAAUAGCAUAGCUGACUAUUUAGGUUCCCAAGUAAUUGAUGAUCUUCAAUCUCCUGGGGCCUAUUCAACCAUUAGCUUCAUGCCUCAAUUAUUCAAAUACGUUAAUGAGGAACUAAUUGACGGUCUAGCAGAGAGUAAAAAUGGUGGGCCCAGACUAAAGGAAAUUGUCAGAGAAUUUUUCAAUUUGUACUUGGAACCCAAAAUUAUGAACUAUCUUGACACUACCGUUCAAGAGUUUGGGCAGAAAAUAGAAUUGACACUAUUGAACUUUCAGAAGGAAACGACACUAAAAGAGCAGGAGCAAAACGAACAAAUAUACAGUGAUUUGAGAGAUAAGGCAUCAAAGCAGCAGCAGCUAAUCGACCAAAAAAACAACUUUCUCACAUCGUUCACUAAAAUAUUCAAAAUUACAAAUAACAACAGGACAGCAGAGGAAGAACGACUGCAGAUGGCCUAUAAUUUGAAUGUUAUGAACAACAAUCUUCAAAACAUCCAAGUUCUGGUCAGUCUUGAUUUGUGUUACAAAGUGGUUCAGGACUGUAAGUUCUGCAUAGAAAACAUGCGAACAUUCCUUAUUAUUAAUAAUAUCGCGGAUGUUGUUAAAUCAAAAUGCCAAGAGGUCUUUAAAACCUUGGUCACGACAUUAGCCAACGAACACUUUAGGCCAGGGUUCUUCAAAGCCAUUCAAAUUCUUGAACAGUACGACCCUAAUCAAUUGAAGAAUGUUGAGCUCGAAUUCGAGGCGCUAGGGUCCCACGUCGAACCACUAAUAAAGUUUACUGAGCUUGUGAAUACAGGUGACAUAGUCUUACAGAUGAUAUCCAUUUUUUACAAGAAUGAACUUAUCCAGACGAAUAUAAUGGACAGGAAUAAAGAUUUCCUCAACGAUGUUGUUCAAGUAAAGAAAAACUUCGAGACAAUGAUAGACGAUUAUGUCGCUAACGGUUUGAAUGUCGGGAUAAACAAGCUAAUGGACGAGGUUCUAUUUGUGUUUAGCAGUUUACAACUUCCUGAUGACUAUAAUCCCGAUCCAACUCAAGUUGCCAAAAAGGAGAUAAAACCUUCAAAAGCCGCGGCCAAAAACGUUGAGCUACUACGCAACCAUUGUUUUCUCUUGACUGGAGCCACAGAUAAGGGUACAAUCGACAUAUUCCAGCAGGAAGUCGGAGAGAGGUUCUUCAACGAGAUCGUCAAGAACAUAAAAAAAAACCUCAUUUCAAGCGAUGGGGCUGUUUUUCUAAUUUGUGACCUGAACUACUACUAUGAUUUCAUUGCUAAUGUGCUUAAACAAAAGCAAAUUGUGCCACUAUUCGCCGGCUUGAAAACAGUUGGACAGUUAUACCUCGUUUCAGGGAAAGAUUCAAAAGAGCUCGGUAAGAUGAUAUGUGACCUCGGCAGGUUCCAGGGCAUUUUUAGUCAGGAAGAGAUAUAUGAGCUUGUACAACGCCGAACAGACUGGGUAAGGGUAAGGAAGGAUGUUGAAAAAGUAAUGUAUGGUUUGGGCGUUAGCGAUUGUAUCAUUAUUUAG